GCUUGUGUGUUUGUGUUUGUGUGUGUUUGUGUGUUUGGGAUUAUGUCUUCCGCGGGUGUAAACUGGGGAAGGCGCUAGGUGAGGCUGGAUUAGACGCAGCUCGCUCCACUCCAGCUCGGAUUAAACGUCGGCCGAUCUUGACGACCUUUUGUUGUUUGAGCUGUUUGCGAACAUUCAUUUUCUCGCACAAAAACCUCCCUCUCUCUUUACACACACACACACACACACACACACACACACACACACAAGGUGGAGGUGUGUGCUAACCUCAUAAAAUGUUUUGGUGCCUGUUUUUUCAUUGUCCCACUGAGAAAAUCCUGAUUACUGAUGGGUUUUUGUGUGUGUGACUGUUUGUAGGUUAGUGAAAGAUUGCUGUGGCUGUAGAUAAGAGGAUUAGGGUGGAAUUAGUGUCAUUCCUCUAUCGCCGCGAGGAAUAGAUUCAUAUCGAUUUUAAUCAGAGAUAGAAAGAUCCACAUAACCGCAGAUAAAACAGGCAGAGACAGACAGCGGGAGACAGAGUAGGAGUGAAUGAAAGCUGGACGGAGAGGAGCAGAGACACCAGGACAUCAGCCAGGAUGUUCAGCUGGAGACUGAGGAGCAUCUGCUGCAGAGAUACAUGCAUCUAAAGAUACACGUGGAAACGUAUACACAUGAAUUUAAGAGAAAACUUCAAGCGGUCACUCAUGCAUUUGCCUUAUUUGGAAGUCUUGCCUACGUUCUGGAGCUCUCUGGUUGAGGAAACUUCCCGCCACCGUGGGAUGUUUGACCACAACCACCAGCGUUAGUCUGCAGGGCGGUCUGGACGGUCGACUGCAGAGACGUGGAGGUGGAGCUGGUGGGGGCCGCUGUGGCCGGGGGAUGCUGGCGGCGUGUCAGUUGUGGCGGGGAAACCUGUGAAACAUGAAGGUGGACGUGCUGACUUGCCUGGCUCUGGCUGCGGCCAGCCUCGUUGCCAUGGUGACCUGCGGCCGCAGCUCCGGGCGCAGGAAGAACAAGGAGGUCUUCCUCGGGGAGAACAGCAAGUUCAAGUUUGGAGGACGUAUUGACUACAAACUGAAGAGGCAGGACAGCACGAAAACGCUGCUAAUAAAAAGUGAACAGCUGCUGAGGAUUGAGGAGCACGACUUCGCUAUGAGACCGGGCUUCGGAGGUGCAGCCAUCCCUGUGGGCAUUGAUGUGCAGGUGGAGAGCAUCGACAGCAUCUCAGAGGUCAACAUGGACUUCACCAUGACUCUGUACCUGCGGCACUACUGGAAAGACGAGCGUCUGGCGUUUCCGUCCCGAAACAAUCAGAGCAGGACGUUUGACUCGAGGCUCGUGAAGAAGAUCUGGGUUCCUGAUGUCUUCUUCGUCCACUCCAAGCGCUCCUUCAUCCACGACACCACCAUGGAGAACAUCAUGCUGCGGGUUUACCCCGACGGAAACAUCCUCUACAGCGUCAGGGUCACUGUGACGGCUCUCUGCUCGAUGGACUUCAGCAGCUUCCCUCUGGACACACAGAACUGCUCGCUGGAGCUGGAGAGCUACGCGUAUAAUGAGAACGACCUGAUGCUUUACUGGAAGAAUGGGAACGACUCUCUGAGGACGGAUGAGAUCGUCCUGUCUCAGUUCUUCAUUGAGCAUUUCCAAGCCUUCAGUGGCCUGGCUUUCUACAGCAGCACCGGCUGGUACAACCGUCUGUUCAUUAACUUCAUCCUGCGGAGGCACAUCUUCUUCUUCAUGCUGCAGACGUACUUUCCCACCAUGCUGAUGGUCGUCCUGUCCUGGGUCUCCUUCUGGAUCGACAGGCGGGCCGUCCCCGCGCGCGUCUCCCUGGGUAUAACCACAGUGCUCACAAUGUCCACCAUCAUCACCGGAGUGUCGUCCUCCAUGCCUCAGGUAUCGUAUGUGAAAGCGGUGGACAUCUACCUGUGGACCAGCUUCCUGUUCGUCUUCCUGUCUGUGAUCGAAUAUGCGGCCGUGAACUACUGCACCACUCUGGAGGAGAUGAGGAAGAUGAAGAGGGGGAAGAUCCCAUCCACCUUCAACGCCAGCCAGGCGAUGGCCUUCGACGGCUGCUUCCAUGACAACGACAUCGAGCUGACUCCGUUCUCCCGCGUCGCACCCACCCUGACCUCUGAUCCCCUCACCACGCCGGCCCAAACCCCUGACAUCCGGCCCACGGAGGGGACUCGCCUCCGCCGGCAGCGGUCGGUGCGUGAAAAUGUGGACCUGCUGGUGAGCAACAGCUACAUGAUCGACUCGUACUCCCGUCUCGCCUUCCCUCUGUCCUACCUGCUCUUCAACACCAUCUACUGGUGCCUGUACUCCUGAUCCGGCUCUGCAGACUCUCCAUGAACUCUGGUGAACUCUUGUUGAGUGUGUUGAGUCAGAGGAUUCCUCCUCCUCCUCUCCACGCGGCUCCACUUCACUGAAUUAACUCUUGAUCUCAGGAGCCCCCCUUCAGCUUCAUCACUAAUCGUGUUCUUCACAAGAGACAUAAAAGCACUCCAGUUCCUCCGAGUAGGAACCGUUAAUUGUGCACAGUUUCACCCUGACGUGUGUCUCAUGGGAGCGGGGUUGAGUCCUGACACUUGGAAAGUAAUGGAUCCUGAUUAGUUUACACGUGACUCUUCUUUCUGUGCAUCUUAUUUCUGAAGGUUGUUUCACUUUUGUCGGUACCUUUAUAGCUACAGGGGAAAACUACAUUAGGAUCAAACUUGUGUGAAAAUGUUUCGUUCUCCCCCCUUUUUGAUGAACAAUGUGAGUGGAGCCAACCAACUACUGUACGUGUAAUUUAAUAUCUUUUCUCAUUAAAUUUUUAUCUUGCUCAUGA